AUGACUCCCAAGCGUCACCGACGUGUCGGCUCCGUGGGAGAAGGAGCACGUCGCAGUGCCAAAUCGGCCAAGACAGCAGCCCCUGAGAGCACUGCAACAGAGCAGCCUGAAGCUCACCAGUUGUCAGAAAACCACCAGGGCCUUGAAAUCACCGUCUCUCUCCGUUCGGCCAAGAAGGCGGAACGGAAUGACCCCAAGCCUCUUGCGGUACUGCAGGAAGAACGGCGGCAAUUCUUGCUCAGCGUAGGCAUAGUAGACCCACCACCGCAACCAGCGACUGGGAACACUGCUAGUGAGAAUCCGCCUGGUCCCGACGGUUCAGUCCACGGCUCUUCCACAUCAGCAGAGCCCGGUCUUGCUGGCGGACAGCAGUCUGCCCUGCACGGCGAUGCAGCGGGUCCUGCGGCCCCGGCAAAUACAACAGGCUCAUCAAGGGAGGGCAGUUUCGAUGAGCAGGAUCAGGAUGACGAUGUUGAGCUUGGUGACGACCAAAGCGACGAGGAUGAACAUGACAGUGAAGACUUUGAAGACUCGGAUAUUGAAGACGAGUUCCCCUGGUUCGAAGAGCUCGAUGGCCUUGCCACACUGCCGACAAGCUCUCGCCGGAAGAAACAGCGGAUCGGCAGCUGCACUGCAAAGCUGAUCAGGCGCCGCAGGAUCUGCGACUCCUUCUGGACCGAAAUGGAUGAGCCUACGCGGGAGACGCAUGACCUGGCAUUUGACCUAUUCGACAGGUAUGGACGUCUCAACCCCGAAUUCUACGAGCACGAAGUCAACAAGGGAACCGGGGUCUGGGGCAAAGAGCUCGACCGUGGCGACCUCCUCCUCUUUGAGGAAAUAAGCGUUGACGCAGCUCAUCGACGACGCGGCAUCGGCGCGAAACUAGUCAAUGCAAUCCUGGAGAGGACGAGGAAGAAGGUCUCGGACAAGGUGGGCUUUUUCGCCCUCAUUCGCCCGGGAUUCCUAUGGGCCGAGCUUCGCCAUCUACAGGAAGGCUCUGCGGAGAUGAAAGAGGCUCAGCACGCCGCAAUGGAAGGUGCCCUGGCAUUCUGGCAUUCUUUGGGGUUUCGGAGAGUCGGCACGUCGUCAUGGCUCGCCUGGACAGACUCCCAGGGCCAUCCGUCCCGACAGCUAGCGAUCGCCAACGACGCGAAGUGCUCGGAGGAUCGAGCGGCCGGUGACACGCUCUCUGACGAAAUGGGUCGAAUCUUCCAAAGACUGUUCGACAAGGACGUCGAGCCGGCAACGUAUAUCGAGGAGCUCACCAAGACGUUCCCGGAAGAUUUCGACGACGAGCAGUGGGAGGUAGUUGACGAAAAUGCCAACACUCUCCUCCAUAUCGCCGCAGUGUCAUGGAAACCAGAGGUGGUCCGCUUCCUGAUAUCCAAGGUCCCCCGCCUGGCGGCAAUGCGAAACAAACCGGGACACACACCUCUGGAAGCCAUCCGGGAUCAGCUCGAACUCGGGAGAACGCGGCGGUCCUUCGGAGACCUAACCUGGAUCGAAUCCGACAGGCUCCAAGGCUUCCGCGCCUCGAGCACCGCGUGCCUGGCCGCCCUAGAGCAGACGACCCUCCCUGACCUCUCGGGCCUGAGCCAAGGGGCGAUCGAUGCCAUCUCCUCGUUCACCGACGCCGAGGCCCGGCGGUCGCGGUCCCAGCUCGACGUGGCCGGCAUCCGAAAGGCGCUGCGGUACAAAUAUGGCUGCACGUGCGGGCAGUGCACCGGCGGGUUCCUGAGCCCGCGGAUGCGACAGGCGCUGCUCGCCGUCGCGGAGGUCGAGCACGACGGCCUGUGCACGUCCAUGGACGAUACCGGCCCGGGCUGGGUGUCGUGGAACGAGGAUCUCCUGGUGCACCUCCCGGAGCGGGUCCGGCAGAACCUGCGGACGAACAAGUCGAUGCGGCAGGGGUUCGCCAACAUGUUUGACCACUUCGCCAGCUGCCUGCGCGAUGGCAGGCUGCCCACGGAGGCGUCGCUGCUCCGUUUCCUGCGGGAUGUCGCGAGCGAGUGGCCGCCCGUGACCCGGAACUAUCUCGACCGCGGAGGCAGCGUGGCCGCCGUGGCGGAUGCGAUCUUUGAGCGGGCGAUGGGGCAGGACGAGUGGGCUGGGGAAGGGUCCUACCUAGAGAUCUUCGGGGGCGAGGACAUGGACGCGCUCGUGCCGUGCAGGAACGACCAUGAGUUCGGCUUCGUGGCUGGUAUGUGCGGGUACAGGAGGGUCACGCCCGGCCCGCGCCUCGUUGAUAUGUUUGGCAGGGAGCUUGGCCCAGACUAG